GGUCUCAAUAAUUCGAGUUGUUGGGAGAAUGUUAUGUUGGAUCUUAUAUACUCUCUUGUUAGUAAAUGGUAUAUAUGAUCCACGAUUGAACCUUUUCCAACAACUCGAGUUAUUGGGAUCAACUGGUUCUUGACAUCUCUAACACGCCCCCUCAAACGAAAGUCAACUCACAGGCUUGAAGUUUGCACAGGCCCACUUGAACACGUGACCUCACAGACAAACCAGUUCUGAUACCAUGUCAUAAACCAGUUGGUCCCAAUAACUCAAAUUGUUAGGAGAAGGUUAUGUUAGAUCUUAAACAACUCUCUAAUAGAUACAUGUUGGGAGUUUAUAUAUAAACGAAAGCACACAAAAAUCCCAAAGUUUCAACAAGAGGCAACCAAACGCUUAAUGAUCUUACUGGUGCGGAUGAUAUGUAGGUGCUAUAAAUUAGAUUGUGUUUGGAUAUAAUGAUUUGGAUUUGGUAUUUGUAAUUUGGAUUUUUAAAUGUCAAAUCAUGUGUUUGGAUAUUAAUUAUAUUUGGUAUUUGGAUUUGUGCCAAAUUCGUGGGAUGAUUUCCAAAUACAUGUCUAGUGCAUUACUUGUCAACUUCAAAUACAUUUCAACAACUAGUGAUUUGAAAUACCUCCUAAGUCUUGACAAAAGAUUGGACCAAUUUGUAAAAUAUUAAAAGUUCAGGUACUAUAGUGUGUGGCAAAACAUAUAAAGGUACCAAAAUGUAAUUUUACCAUCAUAUUUUCUGGAUCUUUUCUUAAAUUUUAAAAGUUUAGGUACUAAAUUGUAAGAAAAAUAUUUUUGGGUACCAAACUGUAAUUUACAAAAAUUUGUAGUAAGUGACCAAAAAUUAAAAUACAAACAAAUUACAAAUGAGUAUCCAAACAAUAAAUUUGAAAUACACGUAUCCAAACGCACCGGUUGAAAAUCCUCUCCUUCCUAGAAUUCGAAACCCACCUCCCCAUUAACCAAGGACAUCCCUGAUCCAAUAAUCUUCACCGCCGAGAUAUCCUCCCUUUGAGGUACACUGUGAUGGGUCCUUUAUUUGUGACCCCCAGAAGGCGACUUAUGGUGUCAUUGUGCUUGACAACCAUGGAGUAAUUUGCAUUGUGAUGGGAGAGUUGGACCUGUCAUGUGUUCAUCCCUCAUUGAAGCAGAAGCCAGAGCUGGAAGAUGUCCGACUGGACGAGUCUCUCUCGGGCCUAAGCUUUAUCAAAACUGAUUGCAUGUCUCUGGUACUGGCAUUGGCUUCUGACCCUCCUGCUUGGCCAUGGCAAGUCUCGGCCUGGCUGGGGAUCAUCUCUAGUAUCAUUUGACAUUCUAGUCACAUCAAAAUUACAUUUUUCAGAUGUAUGCUCAACUCAAAAGCAGACUGGGUGGAAAGGACGUAACAAUGUCGUCUUCCUACCACAUGCUCAGUUUUCAAUCCCACUCCUCCACGGCCAAUUCCUUUCUCAUCAAGCUGAUCUCCAAAUGGCUGCUAUUGCUGACUUCCAUCUUCCUCCGGUCGACCAGCAUCCGCGCCCCCACUCCCGUCAACGGCCUCCUUCACUUCCUUCUCGCGACCUUCGUGUUGCGGUUGACGGCGCGACUAGAUUCCUCCUUGGUGGACGGUGGUGCUAUUGGCGUUGUUGGAUUUCAUGACUCCAUGCCUAGCUUUGCUUUUGGGAGUUACUUGUCGGGAUCGUUGAACCUUUUCUUGUGGAACUAUUGGCAUUCCGGGAAGCUCGUAUUUUCUCCACAGUUGGCGGUGGUAUACCAUACCAAUUCUCAUCACGGGUGAUGCCAAGUCAGUGGUGAUGUGUUUGGCGACCCGGUUCGUGUGCGAUGCAUAUGGGGGAGCCGUGUUGUGAGAGAUCAUUCAUCUUCUUCGUCUUUUUCCUGCCGUGCAAUUUGUAAGCGAAUCAGGCAGUCCAUUUGGUGGCGCAAAAUGCCUUACGCUAACCUGACCUAUAUACUGGAUUAUAUGAUUUUUCGUACAUGUUAUGUCUUUAAGUCCUGUGAGGCUAUGCCGUAAUUGUUGUGGCAUUUCCUUACGUCUAUCUAUGUCAUCCGCAAGGUUUGAUUGACAAUAAUAAUAAUAAAACAGACUGGGUGGCACGUUCUUUUGUUACAGAUGAACUCCCCACUAAUUGGAUUACUGUUCUGAAUCUUAUUCCCCACCUACUGUAAUCCUCUCUGUUAUGUUUCCUGGAUCGGAUGGAUAUAUAAAAGAAAGGACCAUCAUUUAAAAAAAAUGUUGGAAUCAAGAUGAUUAUCAGUCGCGGUUGCGGAUGAGGAAGGUCAUAGCUAAAUUUGUGGCUAAAUUACAAGUUUGGUCGCUUGAAUUAAUAGUAAAGUUCAUGUUAGCCACUAGAAUUACUUUAUUCCAUUCGUAGUCACUUAGAUUAGUUACACAAUUCAAGUUUGGUCACUCUCUGUUACCUUUCGUCAAAAUCCGUCAGUUCCGUUAGUUAAUGCUAACGUGGCUAACAGAUAUGCUGACUCACUCAAUUUUAAACCAAGAAAAAACAGAAACCGACAUGUCACGUCAAAAAAACCCGCCACCUCAUAUAAACCCAAUUCAACCCACCGGACCUAAACAAAACAAUGAACCCAAAUCAAAACCCCUUCCGACCCCCCCAAUAGUAUCCCCAAUUUCCCUUCUGCUCCGUCUCCUCUGCGUUCUGUUUAUCCCCUGCCUUCUACCUCUCUCUCUCUCUCUUCGGCCAUUGCUCUGUUUCCUCCAUUCCCUCCCUCAUCUUCUCUCUAGCGAGCUCCGGUCUGGGAUUGAUUCAUGGAAGAAGCUAAACAAGUUGAAUCUCUUCUGGGGAUCUCGUAUCGCUGAAUCCGAGCUCGUGGAAUGACAUCAACGUCCAUUUCAAUUUUUUUAUUGAACGAAAGUCGUCGACAGGGGACUUGAUGUUACUGUACUUGAAGUAGAACCAUACAACUCCGACAAGGGGGACUCGUUGGAAUCUCGUUGGAGAGCUUAUUGUUCGAGAAAUCGAGCUUGUUGAGCUUUGAGUUCUGGAGAUUGGAUGGGAUUUCGCCAGAGCGAAGGUUUGUGCGUCCAGGCGGAGUGCCGCUCAAGGCCGACCCACCUCUUUCCGCCGAUAUAUCCUCUAACAGACUGUCGAGAAGCUUCGAUUCUUCGAUUUCGUGUCCAGGUCUAAGGAUUGAAAUUGUGGUUAGGCAAGAUCCCCAAGCUAGAAAUGAUCCCGACCUUCUUCUCUGCUACCUAUGAUGGGUCGAUUUGGCACAGUGGCAACUGGCGACGACGACGUAGGAAGAAAUUGAUUUCUUCCUUGUCUUGUCGGAAUAAGAUGGAGGUUCGAUCCUAGUGUUGUUGGCAGAGCUGGGGUAGGAAGGAGGAAGAAGCUUUGCUUGCUCUGGUUGUAGCUAAGACUUUCAAUGUCAAUUUGUUUGGGAGAAAGAAAGAGAGAAAGAGCUAUGGGGAAGAUGGAUCAGGGUGGCGGGUAUUCUGUCGGAAUUGAGAAUUGCGGUGGUGGCCGGCGGUGGAAGAUGAGGAAGAGACGGAAUGAAUAGAGGAAGAAGAAGAAGGGUGGGUGGGUCACGGGUUCGGUUCGAUUUGGAUAUCUUAUGUGACUGGGACAUAAUGACGUGGCAGACCGAUUUUUAAUUUUUUGUUUGUUUAAAUUGGGUGAUUAGGCAUAUUUGUUAGCCACGUCAGCAGUUAACUGACGGAAGGUAACGGAGAGUGACCAAACUUGAACUGUGUAACUAAUUUAAGUGACUAUUGAUGAAAUAAACUAAUUCUAGUGGC